AUGUCAGUCCAUAAUGUGGUUUCUUGGACUGCAAUAAUUUCUGGGUUUGUGCAAGACAAUGAUAUUUUUUCUGCAUUAAAGCUUUUCAAAGAUAUGAGGCAAAUAGGGCAGGAGAUAAAUAGCUAUACCCUUACGAGUGUGCUUUCUGCAUGUGCAAAACCUGGGAUGAUUGAUCUGGCAGUCCAAAUUCAUUCCCUGAUAUUAAAAUUAGGGUUCUAUUUGUACCUUAAUGUUGGGGCUGCUUUGAUCAACAUGUAUGCAAAAAUGGGAGAAGUUGAACUAUCAGAAUUAGCCUUCAAUGAGAUGGAAAAUAAGAAGGAUCAAGGCACCUGGGCAGCCAUCCUGUCAUCUUUUGCACAGAACCAAAAGUCUAGGAGGGUGGUUGAGUUAUUCCGGGUAAUGUUAAGAGAAGGAGUGAAACCUAAUGAGUAUUGUAUUAGUAGUGUGUUAAGUAUUAUUAGCUGCUUAACUUUAGUGACACAGAUGCAUAGUUACACUUUAAGGUCUGGGUUCGUGACUGAAGCUUCGGUCGGCUUUUCCCUUUUCACAAUAUACUCAAAGUGUGGCAAUUUGGAGGAGUCUUAUAAGGUUUUUCUGCAAGUUCCGGUAAAAGACAAUGUCUCGUGGACCUCCAUGAUUGCUGGUUUGGCAGAGCAUGGAUAUGCAGAGCAAGCUCUUCAGCUGUUUAGAGAUAUGAUAUAUCAAAAAAUUCUCCCCGAUCAUAUGGUCUUAAUACCAACUCUAUCUGCUUGUUCCACGCUUCAGUCCUUGCAGAUGGGUAAAGAAAUUCAUGGCUAUGCUUUUCGUUUAGGAAUAGGAAAAAACUCAGCCUUUUGCGGAGCAUUGGUAAAUAUGUAUUCAAAGUGUGGAAGCUUGAAUUUGGCAAGGACAGUGUUUGAUAUGCUACCCGAAAAGGAUGCAUUUGCAUGCUCUUCGAUGGUUGCAGGAUAUGCCCAAAGGGGCCUAAUUGAAAAGGCAUUUUUGUUAUUCCGUGAGAUGCUCUUCGCUGAUGUAUCAGUGGACUCUUCCGUAAUUUCAUCCAUUCUCGGAGCUGCUGCAAUUUCGUAUCAAUCAGAAAUCGGAACUCAAUUGCAUGCCUACGUCCAAAAAUUGGGUUUACAAGCAGAUGUUUAUAUUGGAAGUUCGCUAAUGACAAUGUAUUCAAAAUGUGGAAGUAUUUUAGAAUCCAAAAGGCGUUUGAUGAUGCUGAGAAGCCAGAUGUAA